AGUUGUGUGCGUGCGACGAUAUUGGCUUGUCGCGUUGCGGUGCGUGUGCCUUCUUCAAAUUGACUUUCAUCGCCUCGGCUGUAGGCGGGGCGAUCGCUGCAGCAGCGUGUACGCUACAGGCGUCGAGCGGCGGCAGCAGCGGCGCGGGUGGCAGCCAGUGGGCACACCGGCGACAAGACGGACAGCGCGCGGCAAUCGGGGCCCGCGCGCAGCGCCUCGGGGCGGACGCCCGUCCCCCCGCCGAGGCGACGCUGGGUCCCGCCCUCAUCACUGCGACACCACGAUGUGCCCGACGGAGAUGCCAAACACGACAUCAUAUUCCGGAAGGUCCGCGGUAUCCUCAAUAAACUCACACCUGAGAAAUUCCAAAAGCUGAGCGAUGACUUACUCGGGCUCGAGCUCGAUUCGGACAAGGUGCUCAAGGGCGUCAUACUGCUCAUCUUUGAAAAGGCCCUUGAUGAGCCCAAGUACUCCUCUAUGUACGCUCAGCUGUGCAAGCGGCUCAGCGAGGAAGCGCCCAACUUUGAACCACCGGGGCAGCCGUGCACCUUCAAAUUGCUUCUACUCAACAAAUGCCGUACGGAAUUUGAAAAUCGAGCUCAGGCGUUCGCCGCGUUCGAAGACAAGGCGCUCGGACCGGAAGAAGAGGAAAAACGGCAUCUAGCAAAAUGCAAGAUGCUCGGUAACAUAAAAUUCAUCGGCGAGCUUGGCAAGUUGGAGAUCCUUGCCGAGUCGAUUUUACAUCGCUGCAUCCAGAACCUGCUCGCGCGGCGCGCGGCCGCCGAGCAUCACGAGGAUCUGGAAUGUCUAGCGCAGCUGGUGCGCACCUGCGGUCGGGUCCUGGACUCAGAACGGGGACGCGGCCUAAUGGACCAGUACUUCGCGCGAAUCGAGACGUUGUCCGCGUCGCGCGAACUCGCCCCGCGCAUCCGUUUCAUGCUGCGCGACGUGGUGGAGCUGCGGCGCGGCGGCUGGGUACCUCGCGCGGCCGUCUCCGCCGAGGGUCCGGUGCCCAUUCAUCAGUUGCGCGGCGACGACGAACCACCGCGCCGCGAUCGCGACCGAGACCGGGACCGCGACCGCGACCGUGAGCCCUUGUUCCGCGGGGGACUACGCUCACGACCCCUAGACGACGUGCUCGCCGGGCUUAGUCUACAGCCAGCCGCCGCGCUCGUGCCGCCCGGUGAUAAACUCUUUGGCAACGGUUUUGCCGCGCGCGACGCUUUCCGGCAGCGAUCGGCACCGGGUUACUACCCGCGUGCGGGUGGCGGCGGCGGCGGAGGGGCGGGCGGUGCACCUCACAAGACCGGCGGUGGUGGCGGUGGCGGAGGCGGGGGUGGGACGGGCAAAGACGCGCGCGGGCGCGGCCGCGUGUAUGCGGCGGGGGCGGCGGCGUUGCACGAUGUGCAGAUGCGACCAGCCGCUAACUCUCUCAUGUUCACUGCCAACAGACUGUCGCGUCCCGCAUCCACACAUCCGCCUGUGCAACCCAACGUUCUGGCGCCUGCGUUCGCGAGCGCACCGCCGCUACUGAAGGAACCUGCGAUCACUAUCAAACCGGCUCCUGAUAAGAAGGACAAACCCAAAAAAGACAAGGGUGUGAACAAAGAAGAAGCGUGUCGCCUGGGCGUUGAAGCGGUGGGCGAGGUGGCCGCCGAGUGGACGGACGGCGAUCCACCGGAUGUAGACUACGAGCCUCGGUCACCAGCUUUAGCACGACUGCGGGACAUGCAAACACCGGACAAGGUGUUGCGUCGCGUGGUGUCUGGCGUGUUAGAGGCGGCGCUGUGCGAGAGUACGCGCCACGAGCGCGCGUGGGCGGCCGCGUGUGUAGCGCUGCGCAUCAAGCGCGCGCCGCUAGGGGAGCCGCUGCGGGCCCUCGUCACUACCAAGCGGUCGGGCACGGGGGAGGAUUGCGGCGGCGCGCUCGUGGCACUGGUGGCGCACGCGGCGCGGCUGCGACUCGUGUCGCUAACGGACGUGGCCGCGUGGCCCGCCGCUGAACGCCCGCUGCUGCUGGAGGUGCUGCAGCUGCUGCAUCCUAUGCUCGGCACCGAUCGGCUACAGCGUAUGCUCGACGACACCAAGAUAAACCUGUGCGCGUACGCGACGGAGCAGGGCGGCGGCGGCGCGGAGGGCGCGCUGGAGGCCCUGGAGGCGCGCGGGCUGGACGCAUUAGUGCCGCAACUGCGCGUGCAGGCGCUACUGGCUCGCCAACUGCAGGCGGACCCUGGACCGCAACCACUAUUCCGCUGGAUCAAGAACAACGUGGAACCGAGCGUGCGCGCCAACGCGGCGUUCGUGUCUACACUGGUCGCGUUGGUGGCGGGCCACGUGACGGCGACAGCCGGCUCGGCGGUGGCGGCCGCUGACAAGGCCGCGCUCGAGCGCGAGAAGGCCCUCAUUGAGUCGUACGCGCCGCUACUCACCGCGUUACUCAACGCGAGACCAGACUUGCAGCUUGCCGCCGUAUACGCCGUACAGGUGCACGCACAUCACCACCGGUACCCAAAGGGCAUGCUGCUACGCUGGUUCAUGUACCUGUACAACCUGGAGGUGUGCGAGGAGGACGCGUUCCUGCGUUGGCGCGAGGACGUCACUGACGCCUAUCCCGGCAAGGGAGAGGCACUCUUCCAGGUGAACACGUGGCUGACGUGGCUGCAACAGCAGGAGUCCGAGGACGAAGAGGCGGAGGACUAGUGGACUAGCCUGUCACCACAUUCGUAUCGCGCACGCGCCGGCGCUCCGUUCGCACCGCUUUCGUUUCGUGCUCAUCUCAUAUAAAUAUAAUUAAGCCAAAUAGUUAAAAUACCUAUCUUCGUUACCCUUUAACGCUAGAUCCGUCGUGCUCGGCGACUCCAGUGUUAAAUAGGUCAAUUUUAGGUUAUACUACGUAAACGAAUAUUAGUAUCUCGAGAUAAUUUUUUGUAGGCCUUUUACUCGAUUUUGAUACUUUUUACAAAUGUAUACAAUGUAUAGUGUUCGUUCGGACGUAUGGUUGCACCCCGGUCUGCCCCCUUCCUGCAGUGUUUUAGUUGAAUUGUAAAAAUAUAUAAAUAUAUAUUAUAUGUAUGAAGAACUUAAAUCAAUUUUUUAUUAAUGAUAUCAUGAUCGUUUAUUUUCGAUGCUAAAUGGACUUAGUGAUAAACUGUAAGAUUGCUUAAAUUUCACUGUAUUAUCAAAUUUUAGAAUUUUGUAACUAGAUAAAUGGAAAAUAAAACGCGAAUGUUCUCCUUGGGCAUAACAUAAUGUAUGUUGAGUGAAUUGUAAUAAAGUUGUGACAUAAUGGCGAGUAAAUGAGCAACGUUGGUCAAUAUGUAUUGUAUUCAGGAUGAGGAAUAAACUUCAGUGUAAUUUAU